ACGACCUGAGCGUGAAAGUGCGCAGUGUGAACCGCGAGGCUGUGCUUGAGGAAAUCAGGAGAGCAGAUUACCAGAUCGUGGAACUAGAACUACUCCAACGCUAACAUUGUGAGGAAAAGGAUGAUUUCCAAAAUGAUGACUAUCUUGUCAUUUCUACAUGCUCUCAUUUUUGCCUGUCUUCUGUUUGAAGGGAGUGAAGCUUGGUUAUACGCUUCUUCUGAAAUGAAUAUGACUUAUGAACAGGCAAGGAAAUAUUGUCAGGAAAGGUACACAGACCUGGUUGCCAUUCAGAACAAGAAUGAAAUUGAGUACCUGAAUAGAACACUAACAUUCUCUCCAAGUUACUACUGGAUCGGAAUCAGAAAAAUCAAUGGCAUCUGGACCUGGGUGGGAACACAGAAGCCGCUGACCAAAGAGGCCAUGAACUGGGCUCCUAACGAGCCCAACAAUAAGCAAAAUAAUGAGGACUGUGUGGAGAUCUAUAUCAAGAGGAAAGAAGCCUCAGGCAUGUGGAAUGAUGAGAGGUGCACAAAAGAGAAGCUGGCUUUGUGUUACACAGCCUCCUGUACCAGCAACUCCUGCAAUGGCCAUGGGGAAUGCGUGGAGACCAUCAACAGCUUUAUUUGCCAGUGCUAUCCGGGGUUCACUGGGUCCCAGUGUGAGCACGCUGUGACCUGUGAAUCUCAAGCCAAUCCUGAGCAUGGCAUCCUGGUUUGCAGCCAUCCAAUGGGGUAUUUCAAUUCUUCCUGUUCUGUGAAUUGUGAAGAAGGCUACGUCCCAACCAGUACUAAUUCAAUACUGUGUACUUCUUCUGGAGAAUGGAAUGGACCUAGCCCUACUUGUAAAGUGGUGGAGUGUGACACACUGACAAGUCCUGUUCAUGGAUCCAUGAACUGCUCCCAAAGCUCUGGCAUCUUUCCAUGGAAUACAACCUGUGUGUUCGACUGUGAGUCAGGAUUUGAACUAAAGGGAUCCAAGGAGCUUCAUUGUAGCUCAUCUGGGAAGUGGGACGUGGAGAAACCAAUGUGUCAAGCAGUGAAAUGUAAUGCUCCCAGCCAGCCCCAUAAUGGCUUUGUGAAGUGUGUCCAUCCCCUCACUGGAGACUUUACCUAUGGAUCAGUCUGUAGUUUCAGCUGUGAGGAAGGUUUUGCACCGCAAGGAUCAUCCCAGGUUGAGUGCACGGCUCAGGGGCAGUGGACACAGCAAUUCCCAACGUGUGAAGCUAUACAGUGUAAAGCACCCACCAGGCCAGAGAGGGGCCACAUGGAAUGCCUUCCUAGCGUUUCUGGAAGUUUCCAAAGUGGAUCCAGCUGUGAGUUCUCCUGCGACGAGGGAUUUAAGUUGAAAGGAUCCGAGAGACUCCAGUGUAACUUCACAGGGGAAUGGGACAUGGAGGUGCCCAUGUGUGAAGCCGUGAAAUGCGAUGCUGCUCGCCAGCCCCAGAAUGGUUCUGUGACGUGUGCCCAUUCCCCCGCCGGAGACUUCACUUACCAGUCAGUCUGUAACUUCUGCUGUGAGGAAGGCUUUGAGCUGCAAGGGUCCCCCCAGCUUGAGUGCACGGCCCAGGGGCAGUGGACACAGCAAAUGCCGACCUGUGAAGCCGUGAAAUGUGAUGCUGCUCGCCAGCCCCAGAAUGGUUCUGUGACGUGUGCCCAUUCCCCCGCCGGAGACUUCACUUACCAGUCAGUCUGUAACUUCAGCUGUGAGGAAGGCUUUGAGCUGCAAGGGUCCCCCCAGCUUGAGUGCACGGCCCAGGGGCAGUGGACACAGCAAAUGCCGACCUGUGAAGUGGUACAAUGCUCUACUCUGAAAGUCCCCGAGGAGAUGAACAUGACCUGUGAUGGUGAUAGGGAUUUUCUCUAUGGCACCAGAUGUGUGUUUGAAUGCCCCGAGGGAUGGAAACUCAACGGCUCAGAUUCCUUGGUAUGCAGAGACACAGGAAGCUGGUCUGGGAUGCUGCCUUCCUGUGAAGCUCCCGAGGAGUCAAACACUUCCCUGGUCGUUGGCCUGGCCACCAGUGGGACCUCCCUCUUGAUGACUGCGUCAUUUCUUCUUUGGCUCGCAAAACGUCUUCGAAAGAAAGUAAAGAAAUUUUCUCCUACUAGCAGCUGCCAAAGUCUCGAUUCAGAUGGAAUCUACCAAGCUUCUUCUGAGUUAAUUUAAGUCCAACAGGAUCAGGAACUGGAGAUACCUUUUCAGAUAUGUCUAGAAAACUGGGUUUUUCAGUCAUGUGCCUAGCCACUGGGGACAACUCUUCUCCUCAAGAGGAAAAUCUCCCUUGGAUCCUUGGUCUUUCCAUGCCUAUAAAUCACAAGCUUGGCAUCCACAAGGAACUUCUGCUGAUCAAGUCGGUGACAAGGGCUAUCCCCUGUCUUUCUACUGGGAAGAGUCAGUUUCAAUUUAGUAUAUGUUAACGUACCCUUUGAAAUGAGAGGAUGGAUUGUCUUAUAAUAGAUUGACCAACCAAUGAGGCAUUGUUAAGGCCUUGUAAAGGUAAUGGAAAAAGGGCCUGCAAUGUUGGAAUUACAUUCCUAGCCAUCUCUAAGCAUGAGCUCAGUGGAGACCCAACUUUGAAGUUCUUUGGUUCUUCACAAAUGAUGUGUGCCCUGACAGUUUCUAACACUCAUAGAAUACAGGUGAACAGGUGUUGUGAGGUAAUGAUAUUUAACUUUGUAAAAUGUAAGAUGCCACAUAAAUGGGAAGAGUAUUAUAACUUAUCAAGUGUUCAGAAGAUCCUUGGGGAUCUUCUGUUGAGAGAAAUUCUGCCGCUAAUUAAAUACUGAAAAGAAAUUCUAUCAUUUAAAUGCCAAGAGAGAUAACAUUGACAAGAGCUCUGAAGAAUGCAAACCAUACCCAUUUCUACUCACCAAACUGUACUUGAAUGGCAGAUCAUUGAUCUGGGGUACUUUUAUUACUGUGGGAUGCAGUUCAGCAAAAUGUGCUUAGAGAUUAUUGGGUGAUUUUUUUUUCUAAAAUUUUCUAACAUUUGACCAACUAUAUAGAAUGUUCUGAGAUUGACAAAACAUUAAAACUAUCCUUUAAUAGUGUUUUUGGGGACAGCUAGGUGGUGCAGUAGAUAGAGUGCCAGAUAUGAAGUCAAGAAGACUUAUCUUCCUGA